CACCGAGUUGUCCGGUGGUGGCUAAGAAGUUUAAGGUUUCGCUAACGCCAGCAUUCGAGGAUGAUGUAAUGGUGUGUGAGCCCAUUGAGACUGCCUCGCUCUUUGGCAAAAAAAACCCACACUUGUUUGGGAGAAGAAGUAUGAAGCUGAUUCUACAAAACCUACACAGCCUAAGGCUAAACAACAGUCCACCACCUUCCAUUAUGGCCGUUAUGGCGAUAUGGUGGCUAAGCGUGUCAAGAAUUUUCUCCCUCCCAAGCUCAGUCAACACUGGGAAAUCAAGAUUCUUCCGAAACCUGAAACCGAAACCAAUUCUAUGGUUCAUCGUUCCGUCUGCACUGGAACUACAGCAUUGACCCUCGCCCAAGUUGGUGAAGAUCUUAUAAUCGGAGAUUUUGGGGAGUCGAUAGCUGUACUAGAGAUGAGAGGUGCCAACAAGGCAUUAGUUCCGGUGCAGUUGACUCUGGAGGAAGACGAGCUGCUGAUCUUAGGAACACACAAUGCUUGGGAGGUGCUCUCGGAAGAGAAUAUGGCAUGUCACAUGGAAGGUUGCACUGUAACCUCGUGUCUAGCUCGAGGAAUAGUGAAUGUAGCAUCUCGUAGAUGUGGGUAUAAGUAUCGAUGUAAAGUGCCCGGUGACCCUCAAGUGGUCUGCCUCUUCCUCAACUCACACCACUCCGACAUUGCCACCAAGCAUCAUACUUGUUCUCGUCCACAGGAGUUUGUUGAGCGACGCUGGCGAUAAAGAUGUACCUAUCUUUGCUUUUACGCAAACUAUCAUCUUUCCAAAAAUCCUUUACACUCACUGUGUGGCUGUCUUUUAUUUUUAAUUACUACUUCAAUGGAACGAAAUGUCUGU